UUUCAAAGAAAAGUCAACACCUUUGAACUUUUCUUCCAUUACAUAGCUGUACUAUCAUACGGUAGCUCUGACGACGACAUGGCACCCACCAACCAACAAGCCAGGGCUGCCAAGGCCAAGGUUGUUUCGGGAGGAAAGGCCCCGAAAGCCCGUGUCCAGCGCUACCUCAACAGUCAGGAAUCCAAGAUCAAGGAAGGUGCUAAAAGUACGGUCCUUCUCAAGGGGACUAAAUGUAGCCAUGCCAUGGGACACGUCUUGAAAGAUCUCAGAGCCAUGCUAGCGCCGAAUGCCAAACUGCUGGCCAAGAAGAAUCAAAUUUUUGCCUUUGAUUCCGAAGGACAAAUGUCACUCGAAUUCUUGACCACCAAAAAUGAUUGUGCGCUUUUUGCCAUGGCCAGCCACAAUAAGAAACGACCCAACAAUCUGGUCCUGGGGCGGACCUUUGAUCGACAAGUGUUGGACAUGAUCGAAGUGGGAGUCACUCGCUUCAAGUCCAUGGAGGACUAUGGAGGCAAAGUACCCAAAAAGCGAAUUGGAUCCAAACCAUUAAUGCUAUUCCUUGGAGAUAUCUGGGAACAAAACGACAAUACAAGGCGUCUCCAGAGUUUCUUGGUCGAUUUCUACCGUGGUGAUCCAGUGGAAAAACUAGUGGCGCAAGGAUUGGAUCAUGUCAUGGUUUUCUCCUUGACGGAAAAAAUGAAUCCAGUCACCAAUACCAGCGUCAAAACUAUCCAUCAACGAACCUACUUUAUGAAGUUGAAAAAGAAUCCAGAUGGCAGCAGCAAUACACCAGUGCCAUUCUUGACACCCUGUGGACCCGAUUUGGACAUGAUGGUUCGUAGAGACCAGUUUGCAUCCAUUGACUUGUGGAGGGCUGCCAUGAAACAACCAGCUGCAGCCAAGAAGAAGAAGGUCAAGAAUCAAUCUACAAAUAUGUUUGGUGAGACUAUCGGACGGCUCCAUAUGAACAAACAAGAUAUUGACAAAAUGCAAGGACGCAAAUCAAAGGCACUCAGAAGAGCUGAAAAAAUGGAAGCCGAAGAAGAAAAAGCGGCCGUCGAGCGCGAAUUAGAGAGUGAACAGAAACAGAUCGGAAACGAGUUCAAGCGAGACUUUGGCUUUGAGAAUGAUAACUAAGUGGGCUAGCUACCGGUAGGAGCUACAACGUAAACAUUCUGAAGUCUUCACGACUUGUGCAAGCCAGCUGCAUUCUGAUUUUGAGAUCUAUCUAGUAGUAUACAAGUUGCAUCAACCGCCUGGUCCUUGGCCUCCGAAGUCUGCAGGAUUGAUAACGAGAUGAACAGUGUCGAGUGAUAACGAGAUGAACAGUGUCGAGUGAUCAGUCUGCAAGAUCACAAGAUAACUAUAGCAAUCCUUUCGAACAAUAUCUGAACUAUGCAAUCCAACUGUCAGCCAA